AGGCCGGCCCCCAGCCCAGAGGGCUCGGAAGACCCGCCUCCUCUCUAAGGUUAGGCAAGGAAUUGGAGGUUCAGGCGGUGACGUAACUUUCCGCUUUGGGUGGCCUUCCGCUCCGGCAGCUGUCGGGAGGGGCCCAGGGAACAUUUAGCGGGGCUCCCCGACCCUUUAGCCCUUGGCAGUUCGAUGAGGUCGGUUAGCUACGUACAGCGCGUGGCCCUGGAGUUCAGCGGAAGCCUCUUUCCGCACGCGAUCUGCCUCGGAGACGUCGACAACGAUACGUUAAAUGAACUGGUGGUGGGAGACACCAGUGGGAAGCUGUCGGUGUAUAAGAAUGAUGAUAGCCGGCCAUGGCUCACCUGUUCCUGCCAGGGAAUGCUGACUUGUGUUGGGGUUGGCGAUGUAUGUAAUAAAGGAAAGAACCUGGUGGUGGCGGUGAGUGCUGAGGGCUGGUUUCACUUGUGUGACCUGACGCCUGCCAGGACCCUGGAUGCUUCUGGGCACCAUGAGACCCUAAUGGGAGAGGAACAGCGCCCCGUCUUUAAGCAGCACAUCCCUGCCAACACCAAGGUCAUGCUGAUCAGCGACAUCGAUGGAGAUGGGUGUUGCGAGCUGGUGGUAGGUUACACAGACCGUGUGGUGCGGGCUUUCCGCUGGGAAGAUCUGGGCGAGGGCACUGAACAUCUGACAGGGCAGCUAGUAUCACUCAAGAAAUGGACACUGGAAGGUCAGGUGGACAGUCUCUCGGUGACUCUGGGGCCCCUGGGUGUUCCUGAACUGAUGGUAUCACAGCCAGGCUGUGCUUAUGCAGUUCUACUGUGUACCUGGAACAAGGAUACUGGGCACUCUGCUACCUCUGAGGGGACCACAGAGGGCAGUAGGGAGACCCCGGCUGCCCGAGAUGUUAUGCUGCACCAGACAUCUGGCCGCAUCCACAACAAGAAUGUCUCUACUCAUCUCAUUGGCAACAUCAAACGAGGCCACACCCCUGAGAAUGGUGGCUCUGGCCUCUUUGCCCUCUGCACCCUGGAUGGGACCCUGAAGCUUAUGGAGGAAGCAGACAAGCUGUUGUGGUCAGUGCAGGUGGAUCACCAACUUUUCGCCCUAGAGAAAUUGGAUGUCACGGGCAACGGGCGUGAAGAGGUGGUUGCCUGUGCCUGGGAUGGACAGACAUACAUCAUCGAUCACAACCGCACGGUCGUCCGCUUCCAAGUGGAUGAGAACGUCCGAGCCUUCUGUGCAGGCCUGUAUGCCUGCAAAGAAGGCCGCAACAGCCCCUGCCUCGUGUACGUCACAUUCAACCAGAAGAUCUAUGUGUACUGGGAGGUGCAGCUUGAGCGGAUGGAGUCUACCAAUCUGCUGAAAUUGCUGGAGACUGAGCCAGAGUACCAGAGCUUGCUGCAGGAGCUAGGCAUGGAUCCUGAUGACCUCCCAGCAGCCCGCACCCUGGUUCACCAAACCCUCUACCACCCUGACCAGCCACCACAGUGUGUUCCUGCAAGCCUCCAGGAUCCCACCUAACUGGACUUCGCCUCUUAGCUGAAGAAGGAUCCUUCUGAACCUAUCUACCCCCAAGGUAUCCACGAUAUUGGCAGGAUAGGGAAUAUACAUUAUAGAGGAGCAUGGACAGGUGGCAGCAACCUGUGGGUGACUGUGCACUGUACAUCUCACAGUCUUCUCGGUGAGAAAAGAGACAAGUUGACCCUCUGCCCAUUUUCUUGUGUACCUAAUCCACAUCUCCUGGGACUACCCCCUCCCCAGAGCUCCCACUGUUGUAUGGAAAACAGACUUGUUUGUGAGGAGGCAGCACAAAUCUUUUGUGUGGCCCCGACACUCAUGAGGAAACUAGGCUUCGGGCAGUUGAGGCAAGGGUUCUACCCCAUCCCAAGCUCCACCUUCCCUAUCACAACUCCAGGUCAUUGACAGCAGUUAUGGCAAACUGUUAGCUUUGUUUUUGAGGGUCCUUUCAGGACAUUUUACAGUCUGGUUUUUCUGUGUCCCCAGCAACCCUGAGAUGAUUUUGCUCUAUUUUCCAAAGAAGCUGGGUCAGCAGUCUCUCAUUUUGCAUAUUCUUCAAGUAUCGUGCAGCUUCAUAGGCCUUGCUCCAUUUCCCAUCCACCCAUUUCCACAAAAACACCUUAUUGUCUAUGAGACAAUGGACAUUUAAAACCUGAUACAGGUUUAUGAUCCAGACCAUAAUCAGAAUUAUAUCAUGGGCCAUUUAUAUCCCUUUUGCUCUUAAUUCUGUGUGCUUUAAAUCAGUAUCUGUCAAAUUGUAGGUUACAAACUUUUAGUGGGUUGUGGUCAGCAUUUUUUGAGUAAAUGAAAUAGAAUACAAUAAAAUGAAAAAUAAAGUAUAUUGAUCACAGCA